AUGAAGUUUCACCCUGAAACCAACGCAUACGUGAAGUUCCACCGUGAGACCAACGGAUACGUGAAGUUCAACCGUGAGACCAAUGGGUACAUGAAGUUCCACCCUGAGACCAAUGAGUACUCGAAAUUCCACCGUGAGACCAACGGAUACGUGAAGUUUCACUGUGAUACCAACGGAUACGUGAAGUUUCACUGUCAUACCAAUGGGUACGUGAAGUUUCACCCUGAAACCAACGGAUACGUGAAGAUUCACCGUGAUACCAAUGAGUACGUGAAGUUUCACUCUGAUACCAAUGGGUACGUGAAGUUUCACCCUGAGAGCAACGGAUACGUGAAAUUUCACAGUGAGAAAAGCGUAUACAUAAAGUUUCACUGUGAUACCAAUGGAUACGUGAAGUUUAACCCUGAGAAGAAGGGCGCCGCCAAAUUCUAG